AUGGCUGUUCCCUUCUCGGCAGCCGACCUCACCUCGGCUGCCUCUGCUCUCAAUGCGGUGACGGCGAGAACGAUGAGUACAAGUAGUGGCGGUGAUGCGAGCGCAGGGGAGUCGGGCAAUGCGGCAAAGUUGGAAAAAGUAUGGGAAAAGGUCCGAGAGGUCGAUGCUGAGGCUUGGCUGGCUACUUUUGAUGGACAUACACCAAGAUCGAUCACUGUUCCGCUCUCAAGAGAGGCUGCUCUCGCUCUGCGAGAUGCUCGGAAUGCGAGUGAGGACGAGCUGGUCGGCCAAGAGGUUCUCGCAGAGCUCGCCGCCGAGAUCGAUGCUGCUUGCGAAGCGCUGGGCACCCGCGAGGUCUUUGUCAAGGCCUCGUCGCGCUCGCCAAAGGAUGCUACUCUGGCCACCGAGCAGCUGCUUGCCGAUGCCUGGCAGCUGCUCGGCUCCAGAGACUAUGCCGAGAGCACGGGCGUGUUGCUGGUGGGCACGCCCGGCAGCGGCGGUGCGGAUGAUCUCGAGCUGCGCAACGAGGUGGACAACGCCAUUGUCGCGGCAUUGCUCCAGGGUGCGGUGACGUCGAUGAAGGUGACGAGUGGCGCUGCGGCGCUGGCGCUCCUUGCGGCUUCAGAGCGCAUCGCCGAGGACAUCCAGCUCGAGCUCGACGUGGCCAGUGCCCGGACCGGCGACUUUUCCAUGGGCGUCAUUGUCCGUGAAUUUGUGCCGAUGCAGGCCCACCUCGAGUUCCGCGGCUUUGUGGUCGACGGCCAUCUCACCGCGCUCUCGCAGUACAACCAUGUGGUGUGCUACCCGGCUGUUGUGGCCGACGCUGACAUGUACCGCGACGUCAUCGUCGACUUUUACAACGACGUCAUCCGCGACAAGCUCGUUGCUGCUGGCUUUACCUCUGUCGUCAUCGACUUUGCCCUCGUCCCCAACCCCAACAUUGCCGAUUUUGGCGCAGAGCCGUUUGACGUCCUCGUUAUCGAGCUCAACCCGUACCGCAGCUACGAGGGCAAUGGGACCGAUGCCUGCCUCUUUGACUGGUCCGCUGAUCGCGGCGUUCUUGAGCCGGACGCACCUCCUGCUGGGCCUGACGACGUCGCCUUUCGCGUCCGGUCGGCCGCUCUUCCCAAUGUCGCUGCCACCCUCAAUGUCUCGGCGAGCGAGCUCGUCGCCGCCAUCCGCAACCAGCUCCUCUCCUGCCCGCGCUGA